AUGAUCAGCCGCUCCACAAGCCCCUGCUCGCCCCGUCCCCCUACUCGUACUGCACCCCGUUGGGCAGAGGCUACCUCCGACAUGAACACCGCCCAGCACUUCAAAAUCUGUCUGCGCGAUCACAAGAAUCGCGAGAUGGUGUUCAACGUCAAGCCUACUACGACGUGGUCCAAGAUCAAGAGCCGCUACGCAUUUGAGAGGGGAGAGUACCCGGCGGACCUCCGGCUCAUGCUCAACGGCAAGCGCCUCGAUACCAACCGCAUUGCUCGCGUCAUGGACAACGCGGAGGAGCUGCAGGACGAGGCGGACGACACCGACAAUGAGGACGAUGAUGGCGUUGUGAUUGACGUGAUGCUCAACCAGGAAGGUGGUUCUGCAGUUUGA